AUGGAGGUCAAGCAGCCAGCAAGCGCCAUGUCUGCACAGCCUCCUUCAAUCCCUCUUUCUCUGCUUCGUCUUGCUUCCGUCCUUAUCUGUCUUCACAUCCUAACGCUUGACCUCUCGGACGCCGAACACUGCUACGACAAUGGCAACUUCAUGGCCGCCGGCAACUACGCCGAGAACCGUGAACUUGUCCUCUCUUCUCUGGCUAGCAACGUGGCUUCAAGCGGCGGGUUCUACUCCGGGAAGGUAGGGAACGGCUCAGACAUUGUUUACGUGCUUGCUUUCUGCAGAGGCGACUCUUCGAACGACACUUGCUUCAAGUGCAUAAGCUCUGCUGCUGAAGAUUUGAUGAUCAAGUGUACGACCCAGAAAGCUGCGUUCUCCUGGGGGACAGGAGAUCCUCCGUGCAGCAUCCGUUACUCUAAUGAUCCGAUUUACGGCGUGAAGCAGACAUCUCCGGUGGAAAUGCUUUAUAACACCGGCCACAUCCAGAUGGACCAGGAUGAGUUCGAUCCGAUAUGGAGGAGCUUCACAGAGGAGCUGGCAGUGAGGGCUUCGAUGGGGACGUCAGAGCUCAAGUUCGUGACAGGGAGGACGUCGUUGCCGAACUUCCAGACCAUGUUCGCACUGUUGCAGUGCAGCCCCGAUUUGUCUAGUCUUGAUUGCCAGAGUUGCUUGUGGGAAUGCAUAGAUGGUUAUCAACAGUGUUGCCACGGAUAUCAGGGUGGCGUUGUUCAGAAGCCGAGCUGCAUUUUCCGAUGGGAUUUGUACCCGUUUUUCGUGUCCAAACCAGGAAAUCCUCUAUCAUCUCCGCCACCACCAACUGCAGUCGCCAAGGCCGACCGUCCUGCUCCUCCACCUGCAAAUGCCCAAGUCCCCAGUGGUUGGUUCAAUUUUAAGGUUUCUGCUGAUUUUAAAUUCAUGAAUCACAACCCUCAUUCAGAAGUUUGCGCCUUCUAUGUGGGAUAA